AUGGCUUCCCAAGACGUUUCUGUUCUCAGCCUUCACCUUUUUGAUCACGACGACGAUGCUGAAGACCUUGAGUAUAAGCAGGUUAUUAAUGACUUGAUCACACAGCAGAAGACUCCCCACCAAGUUGCAGACGUUAUUGACAAAUGGGUGGUUCGAGAGGCGAAUACAAAAUAUGACCAGCUACAACAGCGGAAUCCCCCAUUCAACCUCACUCCCGAGGAGAAGGAUAGGGUGUAUCUUGUAGGACCCAAUGCCUCCAGACACAUUGAGAUGAUUGUUGGGUGUAUCGCCAAAGUUUGCACGGCAUAUCCUCCCGGCCACGCUGUGCAGAAUUCAUUCAUCGAAUUCUUCCAAGCCCUCAAAGCCAUGCCUCGACACGAAGUCCCCAAUCUCAGCUACAAGGACGGUCCGGACGAGCCAACAUUUGACAUAAAGCUGAUAUUAUGGCCCUUUGGCACCCCGUCAGUUGAUCACCUCGCUCAGAAAUUCCAACGAGAAGCUGAGGAACUCGCGUACCCGUUCUCUGAGGUUGAAACAUCUGGAAGUGAAGCGCAACUCCGCUGGAGGAAUCUUCAAAGCUUCAUCUCUCGUCUCACUGCCCUCGAGUUAAUAGAUUGCAGUAUUGCAAGUGCCCUGCCAUACAUUCUACCGUCACACUAUGCGUAUCCGGACCUUGAAAAACGCAGCAUUGGCGGGCCGCAGCGCAUAGCGGGAGAUCUCGUCGCUGCUGCACAGUGGCUUGAGCCCGACUCGAUUCGCCAAUGGGUAUAUGACCAAUGCAGGAGUACUGGUGAAGGUGACGAUUCUACUCAGACUUGGAGUAUGGAUAAAUGGAAUCAGUUGAAAGCACAGCUGUCCUUCAUUGCCUCAGAUGAGCUGUUCCCACAACACACUCGGGACUUGGCACAUUCAUUGGGAGAGAAAAUGGAGUCACAUGGUUAG